AUAAAAAUAAAAGAGAAACAAGUGAACAAAAAACAAAAGAACCACACACAAAUCAUGAAUUCUACACGACAAAAAAAAAGUGGACAAAAUGUCAAAAUGACAAAUUUGAAUGGUGUUAUACGUUCGAAUGAAAGUGAAGACAAUUUUAGGAAUAUGUCAACUGAGGAGCAAUUACUUUCAAAUAACAAGAAAAAUAAAAAGAAAACGCGAAUCCAAAAUAAAUCCGAAUGUGUUGGAACAAAUGAUUGUACACAUUGUUUAGAUGAAAGGGAAAUUAAUUUAGUCUACUUAGCAGAAAAUCAAUUAUUAUGGUCUGAGUUGCGGGGACAUGUUUUGUAUAUGUAUAAAAUUGGUAGGGAUCAAAAUCUAGGACCUACAAUUGUGGAUCGAGUGAGAUAUUUAGUUGAUGCAUUAUGUUCAAAAGAUACGCAUCAAUUGUUUAUAAGGCUUGAACUUUUGGCUAAGGAAGUUGUUAGAGACUGUUUAGAGAGUGUCGAACGUAUUUUUUUAAAUGAAAUACGUAAUACAACAAUUGCGUACAAUUAUUUGGAAAAUAUAAUAACGGAUUGCGAUAAUUUUUUGUUUGCGGCUAGAAAAAUGUUACCAAUGUUAAAGAAUUUAGAAACACAUUUGAAAAAAUUUAAUAUAUGUUGGAUAUUAUUACAUCAGAAUUUAUUUCGUAUACAUUAUUUAGAAGAUCGUCGAUGUCAAAUACGAGCGAAAAAAGCAAAAUUACUUUUACUAUCAGAUAUGGAAAUACCUGCAUUUACGGAAACAAUUCUAAAAUUUUCACAAUUUAAUGAAGCAUUUGGUGCUCUAUCAAAACAAUGGGACGAAUCUAUGAUGAAAAUACAAAAAUUUAGGGAAUCAAAACAAGUUUACAAAAAUUGUCAACAUUUAUUAAACGAUACUUGGCAAAAUUUUAAUGUGAAUAAAAAAUCAAAUAAAUUUCUACAAGACAAUCGAAAUUCGCAAGAUCUUAUUAGCAAUAAAAAAAUGAAUAUUGAUUCGAAAAUCAAUAAUAAAACAAUUCAGCUAAACCAAAAUUCCAAUAUUUUUGAGAAUAAUACUACAUUAACGAAAUCACAAGCAAAAAAAGCUCGUCGUAAAAUGAAAGGUGAUCAUAGUCGACAACCAUCGGCGGAUUUAAUGCCUCCACCAGCUCCGCCUCGAGUCACAGAUGCAGAUUGUCAAACUCAUCAGAAUUGUGCAAGCACUCAAACAAACAAUCAUUCUGAGUAUUUGGAUCCGGGUGAAUUUAUGCCAAAAACAAUUGCCGGUGAAAGUACAAUACGUGAAAAAUCAAAAAAGAAACUUUUACCACCUCCGCCAGCGUCACCAACACCACCCACAUCACCGUUAAAAAAAUUUGCACCUUCAAUGAGCGUUGAUAAUCGUGACGUCGAUGCGCUAGUUGCGUUCGUAGAAGGUUUAAACAUCAACGAAAAGAAUAUUGAUAUUAUUGAGUGUGAGAAUAAACGACGUCGUAAGAAACAGAAAAAAGAAAAACAACGUUUGAAAAAGAUGCAAAGUUUAUUGGAAGAGGAUCAAGUUGCGCAGUUAAUAAAACGUUCACCAGGUGUUACUAUUACGAUGGUACGAUCCAAUGGGAAUAAUUCACCCAAUAACAAUGCUCGAAAUAUUCCACAACCAAAACCACCAAUUCCAACAAUUCAACAACAACCUCAACAAACUCCAAGAAAUAUUCCAACCACUCCAACAUCAAAUAGCAAUAAUACGAACAAUGAAACAAAAGAUACAGUAUUAAAAAAUACCAACAAUACGAACGGAACGGGAGGUAAUGUUGUUGUUGAAAAUAGUGGUUCCAGAAUGGUAACAAUACGACGAAUAACCGAGGCAAAUACCGACGAACCAACUGUAACAAUUACGUUAAAAGGUCCGACACCCGAUCAGGAUCAAGUAUUGUAUCGUAUUAUUAAUGGUCAAGCGAAUUACGGACAUCUAGCGGAGAAUGUAUUUAAUAAGAAAAGUGUAAAUAAUAGUAAUAAUAACAAUAUAGAAAAACCUGAACCGAGUGUGACACCAUUAGUGCAAUUAACGAAAAAACAAAAGAAAAAAAUGAAACGUAAUAAUGAAUUAUCUAUUGAAAGUGUUCCAUCUGUUGGACAAAAUUUUAACUAUAAUGACACAAAACAUGACACAGACAUGAUUCAUGUUACGAAAUCAACGAUCAUGGAGACGCAUAACAAUAGUACGAUGAAUGAUACUACAAAAAGUAGUAAAAAAUCGAAAAAAUCUUGUAAUAUAGAAUUGAGUAGCAAUGAAUUGAAUUCGAAAAGCAAUAAUUUAGUGAAAAAUAAAAAGAAAAAUGGUCCUAAUAUAGAAAAUAUUGUUUCAUCUUGUGAUAAUACUAAUUCCAUUAAAACGAGUAAACCGAUGAAGCAACAAAAUUCAAAGCAAAAACAAAAGAUUGUCGAAGUAAAUCCAGUGGUAUCAAAACAAAUCGGCAAAACAAAACCAGACGUUCCAACAAAAUCAGCAACAACCAAUAAACCACCGUCUAUAAAUUCAGAAUCCAGUAAAAAAACUAGCAAAACAACACCAUCAAAUCCACUUCCAAAACAAACUACGAUCGCAUCACGACCCACUACAACAACAAACACGGUACCAAACGCCAAACAAAAACCAGAACCAAAAUCAAUUUCCAAACAUGUGGAACCAAAACCCACAAUCAUAAACAAAAGAGUAUCGCAAUCAUCCUUAAAUACAGCGCGUACUGCAGUUAGUUCGAAUCAAAUGGUUAGAGAUCAGAAAAACGAGAGAGUUUAUAUAUCGAAUUCGAAUACGCAGCAACAUCAAACACAGAAAUCUGUUCCCAUUAACACACAUCAAAUGAAUGGUACAGAUAUUUACCAUGAUACAAAUUCAAAUAAUUAUAAAUUAAUACCGGAAAAUUUAAGAUUACCUGCUGGUAUUACGAUCACAAAAGUACCACCCAAUUGUAAUACACGAAAAAUGGCUUACGAUACACAGAGAAAAUUUAAUACAAAUCAUUUGGAUAUUACACCUGAAACAUCACGUGUCCAUUUUGCUGGUACGGAACCCCAACACCAACAGCCACAGCGACCACCUCGAAAUGAUUUAUCCGUGGAUCUAAUCAUUGAGAAACAACAACAAUUAGAAUCCGAUUUUGAGAUACGUCCAGAGAAUCGUCAGCCACCGAUUGGUACGGGUGUACCAAGAGCAUGUGAUGCCCCAGCAAAAUUUAUCCGUGCACCAGAUGGCCGAAUAAUCAUACGUAGUCCAAUGGCACGAUCAACAACACCCCCAUUGAAUCCAAUCACAAUGAUACGUCAAGAUUUAGAAAUGGGUGUUUCCCCACCAAAUGUCCCUAUACCACCAUUUUGGUCACGCAAUGAUUGGUGGUUGCCAGGUACCGAUAAUGUAUUUGCACCAAAAGAUAUUGACUUGGAAGAUAAUAGUAUCGAUGCCGAAGAACGUGAAUUAGAAGCGUUUAAACGAUUUUGUCAAGAGCCAGUUCCACCACAACGGCAGGAAGUAACCCACUUAAAUGUUCAAAAAAUUAUUAUCAAAAAGAAUCAUCCCAGUUAGCAAACUUACAAACAUUUUAUGUAGAUAAAUCAUUUUUAGUACAUAGGUCCUUUGCUGAAAUAAACCCCGUCUUCCGGAUGAAAGGGAUUAUUCAUUUCCGGAAGAAAGCUUGGAAUAGAGCACACGGUUUUUGUAUGUAAAUUCGAUAUCACUCAAAAUUUCUGAUACCAUGGAUUCUGGUAGUUUUUGAUAAAGAUUAAAUCUACAGGGUGAUUAAUCUACGAGCUGUCAAGGUGAGGGAGGGGGGAGUAGAAACGAUGUCUCAUCUUCUCCGUGACAGUCCAGCUCUUGCUAUGAAGAGAAAGACUCACUUGAGCCAGCUUUUCUUUGAAGAACUCACGAAGAACGACCUGAAGUCAUUUGGCGUCAAAACAAAGUUUUUCGGUAGUAUAACGGACCCCAUGGUCUAAAUGUAUCCCACCCUAGAACAACCUAACCUAAUCUAAUAAAGGCACUAGAAAUGUAUGUAUUCCUAUCGUAAUAUUCACCUAAAUGUGGGUCACGAUCGGUCUGCAAAACGUGGAUAUGUCAGAGAAUUUUGAGAAGUCGUGGAAUUUCGGUAUAUAUCGGGGAAAAUGAUAAAAAGAUACUCUUGAGUGUUUCCAGGAUUGAAUUUUGAAAACCUGAUUCUUCAUCGAUAUAUUAGAAUUUAUAUGUCUUACAUCAAUUUUAACCUGAAAAUCCCGUGCUUUCGGGUUCCAUUUACCUUAGUGAAUAUAAAUAUAUUAUUUUUAAAUUAAAAAAUUUCAUAUUAGGAGACAGAAAAAAAAUAAAAACAGAAAAUUUCAAAAGGACAAUUCGAUCGUCACCCUGUUCCCGUCUCAAAAACUCAUAUUUUCAGGACUGUCUCGUAAAGAAUUUUGAUUUGUUCUUUCAUAGUCUCAAAAAUUUUUUAAGUAAAACCCAAUUUACAUAUAAAAACUGCCAGGUUCUUUAAUCCGUAAUGUUAGCUUAGGUCC